GCACUUUCUUGUAAUUUUUUACGUUUUUGUGGACAAAUUUCAUUUAGUAUAUAUUUAUUACAUCUAAUUGCAAUAACAUGGGUGAACGAAUAUGUGUCCUCUAUUGGGCCUAAAGCAGCAAAGAAAGAAUCAAGCAAAUUUGAGAAAGCUAAUGUGAUGUUGGAUGCG